AUGGAGAAAGCUAUUAGGAAGAAAACAGUAAUGCAGAAGGUGGGUGUGGAGAAGAGUGAAAUAAAUUCAGAUGUGUGGAAGAGUUAUGAGGCUUUGAGUGAUGAGGAAUUGGUUGAGAGAAGGCUUGAGGAGUUGGAAGAUAUCUUUUGGGAAAGUAAGAAUGAGUUUGAAAGAUAUGGAUGCCAGAAGAAACAAGAUUUUCCUAUCAGGGUAGCUCAAAUUGUUGAUUCUUUAUUGAAAACUCGUAGAAAAUUGAAUUAUAUUUGAAACUCUCUUCCUAGACAUAUGGAGCACCCAUACCUUCAAAGAGCAAUAGAUCUUAAAGUAAUGUUAGAGAAUUUUUGAGAAAAGAGCAUUGUUAAAAAUCUGAUAUUUUGAAGCCAGCUUAUAAAUGCUAAACUAAAGGAUCCUAAUCAACACUCAUCAAUACUAGAGAGUCAAAAUCAAGAUCUUCAAAUCCAAAAAGAAGUUCACAAAAUAAACACUACCGCCAUCUCCCAUUACCAUCACAAAUUCUUAGGACCAACAGCCGCUUUCAAAUUCUCCUCCACUCUCUCUCUCAACCUCAAAACCCCCAAACCCUCCCUCCUCCUCCAAACCACCACUGUCUUCCCCUACUCCUCACUCACCAACCUCCACAUCCUCAACUACCCCUGCUCCCUCCCCAUCCACCAGUCCCUUCCUUCCCAGAUCCCUACCGCUACCAUAUCCUGUGCCUUCUCCAACACUUCUCCAGUAGCCAAUCUCCCUCUGCUUGUUAAAGUCCUGCACAGGGUGACUAAAGAGAUGGAAUAUUCUAACUUUAUCUUACCUGAACGUAGUCUGAAGGUCCUCCUAUCAGCUAGUAGACAAGUAGAGAUUCUGAAGUUUACAGCCUGAAAGAUGGAGCAUGGACCAAAAGUUGACUUAAAGAGAUGUUUAGCUAAGACGAGUGUAAAGUUUCUGGGGUUAAGAGGGUGUGGAUAUGCGAGUCAGAGCAAUUGGGAGAAUCAGCCUGAAAAGUUUGAAGGUUUUAUUCAAGCUAUUUCAGAAUCAGAUCUGGGACAGACUUUGGAAGAUAUUGAUCUGAUGUUGUCAGGUGUGGAGAGACCUUUUGUGCAGAAAGUUUUGAAAGAGAGAGGAUUGGGAGGUGUUAGAAUUAUAGGAAAAUUCUAGCAAUUUGGCGUUAAUUUAUCCAAGUUUUAGCCGUAUCAAAUAUUUUAAGGGUAUUUAUUGUGCAGUUUUACUCUUUCCUACACUCAAGAAUUAAUACUCUUUUCGUGUAUUUACUAUAUUCAGUUGCAUCAUAUAACAUUUCUCUGAUUAUUAUCUGGAUGAUUUCUGGUGUAAAGCUAGUAUACAAAUUAGAGACUAUAAAAAACUAAAACUUCAGAAGAAUCUAUUUAAAUACCAAAGGAGCAAUUAUAAAGUGAGCAUAGAAAUAUAUCCCUCUAAUGAGACUGGUAUUAGCAAGUUAAGAAUUUGGACACCCAUCUUCU